GAAGCUCUCGGUUCCAGACUUCCAGUAUAUAUACUAUACAUACUAAACCUCUGCAUAAACCCUUCUUGUGCUGGUCAGCUUCUACCGCUCAGCCAUAAAGAAAAUGUCGAAUCCUAAGGUGUUCUUUGACAUACUGAUUGGAAAUGUGAAGGCUGGUCGGGUUGUGUUUAAAUUGUUUGCAGAUACUACUCCUAAAACUGCUGAAAACUUUCGCUCUCUUUGCACUGGAGAGAAAGGCAUUGGAAUUUCAGGGAAACCGCUGCAUUACAAGGGCUCAACCUUUCACCGCAUCAUUCCAAACUUUAUGUGUCAAGGUGGAGACUUCACUAGGGGAAAUGGGACAGGAGGAGAAUCUAUCUAUGGAAUGAAAUUUGCUGAUGAAAAUUUCCAAAAGAAGCACAUCCAACCUGGCCUUCUUUCGAUGGCAAAUGCUGGACCAAAUACUAAUGGAUCUCAAUUCUUUAUCACUACUGUUAGCACACCUUGGCUUGAUAAUAAGCAUGUGGUGUUUGGGCAGGUUGUGGAGGGUUAUAAUGUGGUUGAGGCAAUGGAGAAGGUGGGCUCAGCCAGUGGAAAGACUUCUUCAGCUGUUGUAAUAGAAGAUUGUGGUGAAAUGAAAGAACAGUAAGGUAGGCAAAAGUAGAUUUGCAGGAGAAUGAAACUAAAAUAUUUUGCUCUGUUCUUGUUAGAUGAUUAGUGCUUUGUAGUUACCUGGGAGGAACAAUUUCUUGUAAAGGAUGGUUUUAAGUGGUAUAGUUGGCCUAAAGUGUUCUUGCAGUAAUAAUAGAGGCUUGUUUGCUGAAAAAUCAGCUCA